AUGUUGCCGCUCCGAGACCGAAGGCUUCUGCGAAAAUACUAUCAAAAAGCGUUCGAAAGCCUGCAGCAAAUCAACUGUCGAACCAUCGCUAAAGCAUAUGUCAAACUCGUCGAGCCUCGAAAGCAAGUCAACUAUCCUUAUAACGGGCGAAAACUUAUCGCUGGUAUCUCUCGACAGCUCGAUCCAGAGAUGACAAAGCCAGCCUGGUGGCCACUUGGUGUCACCCAUAAAGAGCCCGACCAUCUUCCCAAAGCGGAGAGAGUUCGAUUGCUUGUACACAUUCUCUGCGAGCUCCGCGACAGCCGCGGCAUCACCGUCGCAAAGCUUAGGGAGGCCGAUCAAUCCAUCCGCCGUCAGAUUACACCACCGGAGCGUCUGCAGGUACUGGACGAGAUCUAUCAUGUCCGAGAAGAAGAGGAGAGCUACCUGGAUGACCACCUCGAUGAACAAGCAGUUGUGUAUAUCUCGCGAGCACACUUGCCGGAUGAGAUAGACGCGAAGGAUGCUGGUUCCCCCUUGGCGGAAGGGAUGAACCCUGAUGUCAACUCUGUUUACAAAAGAGAGAGUUUUGACAUGCAGUCCCACACAUCAGUCUUUCCGUCAACGGGGGCCUUUUUCAUCAGUCAUACUGGUACAGCAAGCGGGAAGGGUGAUCAUGGAAUCAUGCCUGCCAAUUUGUACUCCUGCCCCUCCAUAGCAUUACCGACUCUCAGGUUACAGAAGGACGUUCACGAAGGGCAACAUCCGUUCUCUGUAAACAUUCCACCGGCUCCCGUCUUCCCCCAUGCUCCUUCUGCUGCCCCGAUGAACGUUCACUCCUUCCCUCUGCGAUCUUAUCAUGAACCGAAUUUCAGUCAUGGGCAGCAAGAUCAGGCUGGACCUGACAUGGGCGUUCCUGGCCAUGGUAUAGAGAGCUGUACAGACCCGUACUACUUUAACUUUUGA